CGCCUUUCCCCCACAGGGACAAGCAUCGUGGCGGUUCUGCUUCACGAUGGGCUUUUCCACCAAUUGCAGUCGUUGUGCGACGUCAUCGUCAGCACGCAGACCAGGUAUAUACAGCUCGGUGUUUCCCUGGCGAAUCGGAGAAUAUCACAUGUGUGUGUGUGUGUGUCUGUGCAAUCAAAAACAUGUUCUCUUUGCGAGCCGUGCUGCAGUUCUUCCUGUCUGCCUUGCUGGUCCAGUCAGCAGUGGCAGACACCUUCUCCAACCCCUUGAAGGACCCGAAUGGCAGUGAUCCGUUCAUUGUUUACGUCGACGGCUACUACUACCUGACCACGACUACGUGGACCGAUGUCCAGUUGACUCGGUCUCCCACUCUGGAGGGCUUGAAGGACGGUGAGAACAAGGUUGUCUGGAAGGACAGCAACCCGAACCGCUGCUGCAGCGUGUGGGCGCCUGAGAUCCACGAAAUCGACGGAACAUGGUACCUCUACUACACUGCCGGAAGCUCCGACUCUCUCGACAACCAGCGCGCGCACGUUCUGAAGGGUGGCUCCAACCCCUGGGACACAUACGAGUACCUCGGCCAACUCACCCCCGAAUGGGGUAUUGACGGAACCGUCCUGGUCAUCGACUCGCAGAACUACUUCAUCUGGUCCUGCAUGGAAGACGGCAUCCAGUCCAACUGCAUCGCCACGCUCGACACCCCCUCGACCAUCGGCGAGAAGCACAUUCUGUCGCAGCCUCUCGAGGACUGGGAACGCGUCGAGGCCCCGGUCAACGAGGGCGCGGCUCCCCUGUACCAUGACGGAAAGGUCUGGGUUGCCUACUCGGCUUCUUACUGCUGGACUGCCAACUACUCGCUGGCUCUCCUGACCUACGACGGCGCUGGGGAUCCGUUGGACCAGGGUUCGUGGACCAAGUCGGCCGGUCCGCUGUUUACCUCUGCCAAUGGAAACUAUGGCACGGGACACAAUGGAUUCUUCACCAGCCCUGACGGCUCUCAGGUAUGGAACGUCUUCCAUGCUACUUCGGCUAGCGAGGGUGCUUGCGACGGAAACCGCUACGCCAUGGCCCUCGAGGUCAAGUGGAACGAGGAUGGAACCCCGAGUUUGGGAGAGGCCCCGGACCUGUCGGCUGUUCUGGAAGGACCUUCGGGGGAAUAGAUUUCCAUUUUUGAAGGAACCUGACUGAGAAGAAGGCAUUUCGGGGUUAAAAGAGCAACGUUUGCUUUAUUGAAUAGAUGACUAGCAUGAUAUAGGCAAAAGG